UACAAAUACCAGAAAUAUCGUUGAAACGAUGUAGCUGUUGUGAAACUCGCAAUCAGCAAAAUCAGCGAGACCACAUUUCACGAUAUUCACGCAUAGAGUUACGAAAUUUCUCGGUGGUAUGUAAAAUAAUUUACGUGCUCAGAAAUCCCUAUAAAAACGAAAUUCAAUCGAUGGAUCAUCAAUUCGAUUUCGGAAGUCACGAAGUCUACACGGUUUACGAUGCGUCUGAGUGCGUGUUUCGCGAUCCUGGUGGUGGCUGUUGCUUUGUCUCAGGCUGGUCCAGUGCCCAAGAUCACCGAGAAGAAGUCACUGGUGGAAGAUGUCAAGCAGGAGUCCACGAAAACUGAUCUAAAAAUUGAAGAAAACGGCGAGGACAAGGAUAGGGCCAAGAAGUCCGCCGGUACCUUCUGCGUCCAGAUAAAUCCAGGAUCGACUCAGCCAACGCAAGUUUCUUGCCAAGGGAACCAAGCUGCAGUUCAGACAUUAGCUAUUCAAGCUGAACCCGUUUCUCAACAAAUCCAAACUCUGGGCAUGCUUCAACCAUAUGUCCAUGUAGUACCUCAGACGGGUAUCGUUAUGCCUCAACCAUUAGUUCCAUCCAUUAACACCCUGCAAAUUGUACAACCUGCUGCCCAGCCCUGUGCUCAAUCUAUUCCAUCUGUGAACAUCAUUCAAUCGGAUCAGUCUAUUCCAAAACCAAAACCAAAACCUAAACCAACCUCAACAUCCAUGGUAGACAUAAAAACUACUACAAAACGACCUCUACGCAUUGAAAAACUUCCACAAAGUUUGCCAGAGCCUCAGGAAACUUUGGCUAUGCUGCCAAUCGCUCCUGCAUGUCAUGAUCAUAUAAUUACAAUUCCAUCAAACCCUGUGGUCGUAGUUCCUCAGUUCGAUCAAAAUCAGCUAGCCUCCAUUGUUCAAGUUCCAUCAGUAUCUUCCAGCGACAACCCUUUACAUAAUAUUUUGAAUCCAUGCACCUGUCAAAAGAACGUAGCCGUGUUAAACGAGCCCAGCGUAGAACCUAUGGCUAUGCAAAUGGUACCUGUUAUGUCUUACUCGUCGUCGCUCGCAAAGUCUCCAAUGAUGAUGCCAUACAAUUUUAAUAUGCCACGCACUCAACCACUUCAAGUAGAAACCAGUGCCUCUGUCGCCGGGAUGACUCCACGUCACCAUCAUCAUCGUCAGAAUCCGUCAUCGUUCCAACAGAUAGUAGUUAACGGAAAUCCAGAGACCCCGUACAAUCCAUACCCCGGCAGAGGUUUUGCUGACAUGUCGUACGGGUCAAGAGGGCUCAUGAUUAACGUUUCUCCUGAAAACUACAAUACAGCCAAUACGAUGAUACAACAUGGACAAAUGUCUUUGAGAAACCACGAGAACGCCAUGAACGAUCCGGUCGCCUAUGACACGAACGGUUUAGCGCAAUCUAACAAGACACCACGCGACACCAAGGCAACUAAACAGGCACCGGAGAAGACAGUGGAGACCAAACAACAAGGCAAAGCUUCGUUGAUCGACGGUCGACGCAGUACGACAAACAACAAAGAAGAGGCUAAACAGCAAGAACAUCAAACAGCGACGAAAUAGACGAUUGUUGUAAAUGACAAUAUAAAUUCAUUGCGUUUUUUAUUUUUG